AUGCUCCGUACGGAUAUCCUGCUCAUGAUCCGUCAGAUCUUGCGACUGCCGGCCGAUGGACUGCUGCUGCUGCGGAGGCGCCAGGUCGAGAUUAAGCUUCCAGCUGCGGCGGUGGGCGCCAAACGCCUUCUAGACCAACUCUCGACUGGGACCAUACGUUCCACACCUUCUAUCCGUACGGCGAAAGCGUGGGAUUUGCUGUGGUACCCGACCUUGCACCAGCACUGCAUGAAAUGGACGGGCCUCCUGCGCGACCACGCCAGCAGCGCCCCUGGGCCAGACCCUGGAACAAAUGUGUCUCUCAAGUCCCUGAAGGCAGAAGCGCUGAAGGCUGAAGCCGGCAUUGACAAGUCGCCCCUGCUGCGGAGGCCAAUCUGCCAGUCCAGUGGAGGUGAAUCGGGGCAGGGCACGGCUGGGGCCCCUAGAGUCCGUCACCUCGACAGUCAGCCCGGUCGACCAGUCAGUCACCCAGUCCUCCGAUCAACCGUCAUCCUGUCCGCUCGCUCUCUUGCCUUUGGCAGCGCCACGACAGUCACAGCACCGAGAGGCCAGAGCCGGACGGUCCUGGGCUCAGGGUUCCUGGAUUCGCCCGUGCCUGGGAAGGCCGAGGACCCUUUCAGCAGACUGCAGCAGACGUAG